AUGGAGCCCAUGACACUUGGCAGUCCCGUCAGCAGUCCUGGCAGCAAUCAAAGCCAAUACUUGCCGCCUUUUCUCAUGGGCGACUCUCAGGCCAUGACGCCCCAUAACAACACGCUGUCACCCAAGCUGGGACGCUAUAAUGUGAGCUUCGCUUCGUCUCCAAGCAGCAACACGCCCCAGGAAACGGCGUACAACAACAAUCAACAACAACUGAAUCGCUCAGCUAUGGGCACACGCACGCUAUUUGCCGGCGCCAGCGGAAGCGCCAGUGGUGGUACAGCGAAUACCAGUCAUCAGGCUGGUCCUCCCACUCAGGGACUGUUUGAUUCACUGCGCGGCGAACAGGUGUGCGGCACGCCGCAGCGCACACAUUUGGCCAUGUUGCAGACGUCGCAUCUGAACAGCUCGAACUAUAGCCUGAAUCAGAGCUGCCAUCCGCCAACGACGCAGCUGAAUGAUUCGUAUGUACCCAAUGCGCCCAAUGCCGUCAACGCUUCCAUGCGUGCGCUCUGUUCUCCACUCGGGGCCAACAUGUCACCUAUGACAAUGCCACACACACCGCAAGCACGCGGCGGUGAUUUUUGGGUAACAAUCUUUGGCUUCUCACCUGGUGCUAGCUCCAUGAUACUCCAGCACUUUACCAUGUGCGGCACAAUAGUGGAUGUGGUGCAUGCGCCGCAGAACGGCAACUGGAUGCACGUGCGGUUCGCUUCGCGCAUUGAGAGCGACAAGGCAUUGAACUACAACCUGAAGGUCAUUGCCAGCAAUGUUAUGGUGGGCGUCACUCGCUGCACCGACGAGAGCAUUAUAGACAAGGAGAACUCCAAGUUGGCUGGACCAGAUGCUCCUGUGCCUUUUAGACCGAAGGUACGACCACUGACACAGCAGUCCUACAAUAAUGCCCAGCAUGAGACGCAUGUCUCACCCAACCGCAAUGUGCCACAGAAGAGCACCGGACUGAUGAACAAGGCAAUGGAUCUCAUCUUCGGCUGGUGAUCGUUGAAUAGAUUAAUCAAUAA